ACCGUGUGAUCGGCCCUCAAAAGGCAGAUAAGCUCCGCAUCUCCUCCGCAAUUCCCUUUCCCACGCUACAACUGCAUGUAUGGCACGGAAACUAAGCCACCAGAGGGUCACGUACGUGCUCCCUCUGCCUGAUGCCCCCGGUGGGCACCGGCUGGGGGUCAACGGCCUGACCGUCGACCGUCAGAACUCCAUCUUGUACUCCGCUGGUCGCGACGGUGUCAUUUGCUCGUGGGACCUUGACUGCUCUCUUAGUACUCUUCACGCCUCGAAUCCGUAUUCCUCGUCCAAUCGCAAGCCUGGCCCGACUCGCUUCAAGACCCAGGUCCAGGCCCAUAGCCACUGGAUCAAUGAUAUCGUCUUAACCCAGGAUAACUCGGCAGUCGUCUCAGCCUCGUCGGAUACCACCGUUCGACUAUGGCGGCCACACUCCGAGUCCACGGAUGUCCCUGAACGCAUCGGAAAACAUAGCGAUUAUGUCAAAGUGCUCGCGACUCCGGGCGGCCAGGCUAGCUGGGUUGCGUCGGGCGGUCUGGACCAUAAGCUUUACUUGUGGGAUCUGAAUGGCGGCGGUGAGAUGUUGAGCAUCGAUGCUGCUGGAGACGAUACGACCGAGAAAGGAUCCGUCUAUGCCUUGGGCGCGGUGAAUUCCGUGCUUGCGAGCGGCGGGCCCGAGAACGUGGUCCGAGUGUGGGAUCCCAAGUCUGGGAAACUCGUUACCAAGUUCGUUGGUCAUACGGAUAACGUUCGGGAUAUCCUGGUCAAUGAGGCUGGUGAUACGAUUAUUACCGCCUCGUCAGACCAGACGAUCAAGGUCUGGUCGCUCACCGCGGGUCGCUGCAUGAACACCCUAACUAUGCAUAACGAUAGCGUUUGGUCUUUGUACUCGGACGAACCGGACCUGUCCGUGUUAUACUCUAGUGAUCGCUCUGGCUUGGUUGCCAAGACUGAUACUCGUGGUUCCGCGGAUGUCGAGCAGGGCACCUGCGUUGCAGCUUUACAGGAACAUGAGGGUGUCGUCAAGGUUGUGGCAGCUGGUGAUUUCAUCUGGACAGCUACGCCCAAGUCGAGCAUUAACCGCUGGAGAAAUGUGGAUACUACGCUUGAGAUUGAGGCACCUCCAGACCCGGCACGAACUAUCGACUCGACCGCAGCUGCGCCGGAGAAGCCGACUGACAAAACACCCAAGAAGAUUCCUUUCAAUGCGGUGCUGCAAGUGUCCGCUACCUCCGAGCUGCUACGUCCUGCUUCGCCUUCUAGUGGACACUCUGGCGAAACAGGACUCGAGAAUGAAAUUGGCCUGACCAUUCCAGUGCAUUCCUUGCCCGAGGAAACCAUCGAGGGCCAACAUGGUCUGAUCAAGUGCUUGAUGCUUAAUGAUCGCAAACGAACUCUGACUCAAGACUCCGCCGGAGAAGUCGUGCUCUGGGACCUGCUCAAGUGCAUUCCCGUUCAAACAUUCGGCAAGCGUCAUAUUGAGGAUGUGGCUACCGAAAUCAACACCACUGAGAACAUAUCCCAUUGGUGCACGAUUGACAUCCGGACGGGCAGACUAUCGGUAAUUCUCGAGCCGAAUCGCUGCUUUGAUGCCGAGGUCUACGCGGAUGAGGCCGACCUGCCUGCAUCUGACCUAUCACAGUUCCGGGAGGACCAACGAAUCAACCUUGGAAAAUGGAUCCUGCGCUGGUUAUUCGCCCCGCUGGUGGACGAAGAGAUUCGACGUGAUAACGAAUACCGCGAGACCGCCAUCGCCAAAGCAGAGGAGCUUGCCAAACUCAAUCCUCCUAGCACAUCCGCCCCUGGUGACGAUAUUCCUCGUAGCGUUGGCAUUCCCAUUCACAACGACGCUUCUUCGACCACUUUGCGUCCUGGGAUGGACUUCCCCGGGAGCCCGGCGACUCCAGGUUUUGGCAUCAACAUUGGCACGCCCGCGUCUGCUACAUACCUGAGCACGUCUAUGCAGAGUAAUUCUCACUUCCCAGCCUUCGAUGCUGAGACUCCGGAUGCUCUACCCUCAAUGCACCCACAACACGACGGAGGACCAUCGUCCUUCUCGGAUAGAUCCGACUACUUCUCCUCCCGGCAGCCACAGGUCGAGACCGAGAAACCUCCAAUGUCCCCGUCUGAGGUCGCUCCCAACUCUGGACUUCCCCAGUCUCCAGCCGAGCCUGACAAGGAAGAGCGGAAGAAGGGAUCGUUCUUCGGAAAGAAGUUGAACUUCCCGAAGAAGCUUGGGCGCACUUCCACCGAUACCAAGCCUCCAAUCCUGGAGGAGAAGCCUGAGGAGUCUGAGAUUUCGUCUGUCAAGGAAGAGAAGGUCUACGAUCCUAAUAUUAGCGGAGUCAUUGAUCGCAUCCAUGAUGAUUACGAGGAGUUCCUGUCUAACAAUCCCGGUCGGGACUUGGUGACGGCGAUUACUCCCAGUCUGGAUAACGAGACUCCUCGGUUGGAUAUUCCUCCCCGGACUGCGGUGUUUAUCCAGGAGGAGACUGGUGAUACUGCCGUGGCUUCGGAUCUGUACCGAGGUAGUGUGGGCAUCAUUGGACAGGACAUUGAACGGUUAGAGAAGGCCAUUCCUCACUGGCUUGGGGAGUUGCUCUUGAAGAACCAAAUCCCUUUCAAGGAGCAUGUGAAGAUAGCUUUCGUCUUGAAGCCAUUUGAUGAUUCUUUGCCACCAGUGGUGAAGCCCGAACCACCAAGCGCUACUACUGGCCCGGCCAAUGGUGUCAAUAAUAGCUCCCGGCUCAAUGCCAAUCGUAUGCUCCGAACGAAGAAGGUCCUUGCCUACGUGGCCGAGCGCAUUGAUCCGCCGAACCCCGAUGAGCCCGAGGCUAACCAAAUGCCUCCCGAGGAAUACCUUGAGCUGUAUUGCCAGAAGAUACUCUGCCCGCCCAAUAUGACCUUGGCCACGAUCCGCACGCAUCUCUGGCGUACAUCGGGAGACAUGAUUUUGCAUUACAAGGCCAAUGGCAAAAAGCAGAUCUGUCCCCCUCGGUCCUUGAUGAACAUUGACGAAACCCAUCUCACUACGGGCGAAGCCAACGUCCCCAACGGUGACAGCACCGCACCAGCUGGGAGUAUUCACUCAUUGACCAACUCAGGAUCUGUUGCGGGCUCCGUCGCCACCUAG